UUGACUAUGUACAAAUCAGCUUACGUUGUUGCACUGCUUGUUGCUGUUUUGGUGCGAUGGCUGGUUUCACUCCAUAAAUAUUCAGGGGCCGAGAAACCUCCAAUGUUUGGUGAUUAUGAAGCUCAGCGACACUGGAUGGAAAUCACCUAUCACCUGCCUCCUCAACAGUGGUAUUUCAAUGGCGUAAACAACAAUUUGUCAUACUGGGGAUUGGAUUAUCCCCCUUUGACUGCUUAUCAUAGCUGGCUUUGUGGUGCAGUUGCCCACAAGAUAAAUCCUUCCUGGGUUGCGUUAAAGGAAUCCCAUGGACAUGAAAGUUAUGCCCACAAACUGUUCAUGAGAUACACAGUGCUGGUUGCUGAUGUGGCCAUAUUUUUCCCUGCUUCAAUUAUUUUGUUUUUCUUAUUAAGUAUUCAACAAUUGAUAAAAAUUACCCUUCAAUUCACAGGAAGGGUUCCUGGUUUCCUGCUAAUUGACCAUGGCCACUAAAGAUAUAACUGUGUUAGUUUGGGAUUAGCCUUAUUUGGAGUAGUAUGGAUUUCCCAUGGUUUUCAUAUCUGGGGCUCCAUCUGUUUUUGUCUGGCUCUGAACUACAAACAAAUGGAGCUUUAUCAUGCACUACCUUUCUUUUGCUAUCUGCUUGGAUGGUGCUUUCAGAAAUGGUCAAGAAUACCACAGCUUUUUAAGAUAGCUUCUGUCGUGUUGACAACUUUUACAGCUUGCUGGUUGCCCUUCCUAGGAUCUAAAGAAAAUCUUUUUCAGGUUCUUCACAGAGUUUUUCCUUUGGCAAGAGGAUUGUAUGAGGAUAAAGUUGCCAAUGUUUGGUGCAGUUUAUCAGUCCUUAUCAAACUUAAACAGAUGUUUACUGUGGAUCAACUGGUUCUAUUGUGUCUUUUGACGACUCUGCUUUGCUUGUUGCCUUCUUCAAUACACCUGCUGUGCGUUCCCAAUGACAGGAACUUCAGAAUAGCUCUAGUCAAUUCUUCUCUGGUGUUCUUUUUAUUUUCAUUUCAUGUCCAUGAGAAAUCCAUUCUUCUUCCAGCUCUAGCAAUAUCCCUACUCAUUCAUGAACAUCCAUUUUGGUGUGUAUGGUUUUACUUCAUUUCAACAUUCAGCAUGCUACCACUGUUUAUUAAGGAUGACCUGGUCAUCCCAGCUUUUGCUACCACGGCCUUACAUGCUAUGGUGUGUGGAACUUGCCUCACCUUAAAUUCCGGAAAAAGUGAUCAACCCUGGGAGAGAAUUAAGACUCUGAUGGUAAGUUUAAUCAAGGUCUAG